AUGGUUAGUAAUGAGGGCAAUGAGGAAGAUGCUAUCACAGCAAAGUCUAAAAUCAAGAGGUAUCUUUCACGUCCUAUCUCACUUGAGGAUGUGUCUUACUUAACCUGGCUUCGAGACUACGAUUGGUAUAAGUAUCGGUUAAGAGGGGUUCGUGGUGCAAAACCCCGUGUUUUAAACUACUACCCAGUCUACCGUGAGCAGGAGGAAGUUGCACGUGUGAAGCUUACUCUACAUCAUCCGUUCAGGAAGUUUAGUUCGUUUUCAGAGGCGUACAGCCAUUGCCGGGUAGUGUAUACCCAUCCAGAUGACAAAUAUGGCAAGGAGCUUGACACUUCAGAGGAUGAUGCUUUAUUCGAAGAUAUUGAUGAUCCAAUUGAUAAUCCAUAA